AUGUCUGAAGCAUCUUCAGCUCCCUAUCUAAUUCGUAUCAAGUCCGAAAUCGCCUCUUCGUAUCCGGACUUCGAAGAACGCGUUACACAAGCGUGGGCUGAUAUCCUCGAUGAACUGAAGACAGCGACCCAGAAAAUCAGCGCUGGGGGCCCCGAAUUCAUUCCCCAAGUCCAAUUCUCUGAACUUGAUAGCCUUCCAGCCGAUAAGAUCGACGAAAUACGGCGCAAAAGUUGUCUUGUAAUCAAGGACAUUGUCGAUGAUGCACAGGCCAUUGCUUGGAAGAAGUCUCUCGAAGAUUUCAUAACCGCCAAUCCAGAUGCCGACGGCUCUCCCGUCGGAGACAAACAGUUUUACCGGCUCUACUGGACGAAGCCUCAGUUGGAGGCCCGCGCCCAUCCUAACAUGCUCGCCACUUCGGUCUGGUUAAAUAACUUGUACCAUGCGGAGACAGGACAGAAACUCGAUGGCGUGGACUUGACUUCGCCACUCACCUACGCCGAUUGUUUCCGCUUCAGGCAUCCCGGGAUCGACAGUUAUUGGGCUGCAUUAUUACCGCCCCACGUUGAUGGUGGUACUAUCGAGCGCUGGGAGGACCCAACACUCAGGUCCUGUUUUGCUGACAUCUUCAGUGGCCAAUGGCGUAAGCAUGACCCUUACGCACUUGUAAGUCGUGUAGGUGCGCAGACUUCUCUGUAUGGUAGGCCAAUGCAGGGGUCCAUUUUCCGAACCUUUCAAGGCUGGCUUGCCAUGAGCGAAACGGGCCCCACCGAAGGGACUCUUCAAGUUUUUCCCGAUAUAUUACUGUCAAACACCUAUAUGAUCCUCCGCCCCUUCUUUCGCUUAUUGGUGGAACCGGACUCCCCAGAAGUCUCGAAUCCUAAGAGUUGGGCAUUUGAUGCUUCGAGUGCCGAUUUUCCCGGUCUCCUCCCUCGCGAUGGAGGAUGGUACGGACCUCACCUAACGCCUGAACUGCACCCCAACCUUCUCCUUGAAGAGACUAUGAUCUCGAUGCCUAAGGUUUUCCCCGGUGAUGCGGUAUUCUGGCAUGCCGACGUCGUCCAUUCGGUUGAGAAAGAGCAUACUGGUAAUUGUGACUCAGCUGUGAUGUACAUCCCUGCUGUUCCUACGACUCUGUUGAAUCAAGCAUACAUCAAGAGGCAAAAGGAAACUUUCUUGAAUGCAGUCGCGCCACCUGAUUUUCCUGUACAGAUGAAGCGUGAAAAUGAGUUGAUGGGCUUCGGAAAGCCCUGCGAUAUCUUGAAUCCCUUGGGACGCAAGGCUAUGGGAUUAUCCGAUUAUGUUGCGUAA